AGCUUCCAAAACUAGCUUUUGCGGAUAUACAAUAAAUAGCUAUAUCUACAAACUGGUAAUUAAGGUGCUACCAUUAGAACUUCCAAAAUCAAGAACCAAUAUAUAGUUUUAAAACAAUGAGAUCUUAGAGGGCUUCCUUUUUCAUCUAUUUUAAAAAAGAAAGAUUAUUAUUAUUAUAUUAUGGAUAAUAAUAAAGCCAAGGUUGAUGAUCAUGGAGAGCCUCACUAUGCAGAAAUCAUGAAUAAGAAUAACAAUGGAGGGUUCAUCAAAUGCUUGAUAGUUGAAUGGAACAAAACUGAGAAUCUAAAGGGUUAUUCCUUAAUAAGUUCCCAGUCCCCUCUACUUCGGCUCAAAAUAUUGGCGAUUGCGGCCAUUUCCAUGUUGAUGUUGCUGACAAGUGCCAUCUUGUUGGAGUUCACUGCACUUAGUGAAACAAUGAAGCCAAAGAUUCUAUCGCUGCGCUCUUCUCAUAUCGGCAUUUUUGGCGCUCCAGAAAGUAAGUGGAUUUAUGAGAACAAUGGUUAUUUGAUGGUCUCAUCCAAUGGAGGAUUGAACCAAAUGCGAGCCGGGAUAAGUGACAUGGUAGCCAUUGCUAGGUACUUAAAUGUCACUCUUGUAGUUCCAGAGUUGGACAACACCUCCUUUUGGAAUGACCGCAGUCAGUUCCAAGACAUAUUCGAUGUAGAUUAUUUCAUUGAGUAUUUGAGAGAUGAGGUCAAAAUAGUGAAGGAAUUACCUCAAGGGAUGAAGAAAAGGAUUGCAUCAAGAUACCUCUAUUCCAUGCCCCCUGUUAGUUGGUCUAACAUGUCAUAUUAUUAUAAAACAAUUCUUCCUCGCAUAAAAAAACAUCAAGUAGUACAUUUUACGAAAACUGAUGCCAGGCUUGCGAACAACGGCAUUCCACUGGAGGUUCAAAAGCUGCGGUGUCGCGUGAAUUACAAAGCGUUGCGAUUCAGUUCCGAUAUAGAGAUGGUUGGCAAGAAGAUUGUUAAGAUUAUGAGGCAAAAUGGUCCAUUCUUGGUGCUUCACCUGAGAUAUGAGAUGGACAUGUUGGCAUUCUCUGGCUGCUAUCAAAGUUUAAACGAGAAAGAAAUGGAAGAAUUGACAGCAAUGAGGUAUGCAUACCCUUGGUGGAAAGUGAAGGAAAUAGACUCCAAUUCGGUGAGAAGUAUAGGCAUAUGCCCUUUGACCCCAGAGGAAACUGCUCUGACAUUGAAAGCAUUGGGCAUUAACCCAAGAAUGCAAAUCUUUAUAGCUGCUGGGGAUAUAUAUGGAGGGGAGAAAAGAAUGGCACCUUUGAGAGAAGCUUUUCCAAAUCUGAUUAAAAAGGAAACGUUGUUGGAUCCUUCUGACCUUGAGCCCUUCCAUAACCAUUCAAAUAAGAUGGCAGCACUGGAUUACAUUGUCUCCAUUGAGAGUGAUAUCUUUGUGCCUACUUAUAGUGGAAACAUGGAUAAGGUUGUUGAAGGCCACAGAAGGUACCUGGGGUACAAAACCACAAUAAUUCCAAAUAGAUAUGUACUUGUUCGUCUAAUAGAUCAAUAUAGGAAUGGGACAAUAAGUUGGGAAGAGUUUUCAAGAGUUGUUAAGUUAGCUCAUGCUAGAAGAGGAGGCCCAAUAACAAGAUCAGUUGUUCCUUUGAGACCAAAGUUGGAAGAUUACUUCUAUUCCAAUCCACAAGAAUGCCUACCACAAGGUUCCUCCUAGUGUAUGCUCUAUUAUUCAAGGUUCAGACCACUCACAUGUCACUUUUUAUAACCGUUGAUCUAUUUGAACUUGGAACCUUUGACCUAUUCCAUUGUAAACUGAUGCUAACGAAGUUCUAGAUCGCCUAUGCUCUAAAGGGAAAAUGAAGCAUUGCAGAUUAAACGCGUCGACAAGUGAGGGUUAUAACUUUAUUUUUUAUACAAAUACUACAUAAUAUAAAAUAACAUUAACUGUGAGUUUAAAUAAUUUCACAAAGUAAAUAAUUUAUACGAGAGGUAUUAUUAUAUUAGGAAAUAGUUAGUUGAUUUGGUCAACAGUUAGUUAGAUUGGAUAAAGGGUUGUUAAGUCAAUUUUGUAGAGAGUCUUGUGUAAGUUCUUGAACAUGAGAGGUGCACUGAUGCCUAUAUAAGACAGCGUAAUAUUAAGAUCAAUUCAUCAAUACAGAAUUACUUUUUUCCAAUAGAAAUUCCUCAAUUCUCUUUCGCUUUCUAUUCCUUCUAUAUGCAUGGUAUCAAGAGUUUUAUGAUCCAUGGGCCGAACACUCGAGCACUGCUACUUCAACAAAUAAUGCUGUAGUCAUUGAGUAACAAUCAAUCAAUCCCAAACAAUUCUCAAUUCCACUUGUUGAUAAACUAACAAAAGAUAAUAUUUUCACCUGAGACAUCUUACAACAUUAACAAUUUGUGGUCAAGAACUCUAUCUAAAACGACCUUGAUAAGGAAA